ACUUAAAAAGAGGAGGUUCUUUUAUGUUAAGGGGGAGGCGGGGAUUUAACUGCGAAAGCGAAAGUUUAAUUUGAGUGAACGGAAGAAAGACUGGGAGACGAACCGAUUCUCGCUCUAAUGUUAAAUUAUUGUCUUUAACGACCUAUAACUCAUUUACGUCGCUGCCACAAUGUCAAAAACCGCCGUUUUAAAAAUAACGAAGGCAAAUGCCAUCACGGUGGAAAACUUCAUGCGGUCCAUAUGCACACAGGCAGAGGACCUGUUUUCAAAUCGCAUUCCUGUGAAGAUCACACAGCUGGACAAAAUGCUCAAGGAGCCUGACUUCUGUAUCACUGACCUCGCUGCUCUCCACGCUCCUCUGGAAAUUCCUAUCCCUGACCCCCCCACACCAGAGGAGGAGGAAAUGGAAACUGAUAAGAAUGAGGAGGAUGAGAAGAAGAAGAAAAAAGCACCAAAGUGCGGCUACAUCCCAGGCAACGAGAAAAUGAUGAAGCUGCUGGACAAGGUGAAGCCUGAGAUCCGGGACCUGAAGGAGACCUGCAUCCUGGUCACCUGCUGGAUCCAGCACCUCAUUCCCAAGAUCGAAGACGGCAACGAUUUCGGUGUCGCGGUCCAGGAAAAAAUUCUGGAAAGAAUUGUGGCAAUAAAGACAAAGCUGGAGGGAUUUCAGACCAACAUCAACAAGUAUUUUACAGAACGAGGCGAUGGUGUAGGCAAAGCUUCCAAAGAAACGCAUGUGAUGGAUUACCGCUCACUGGUCCAUGAGAAAGACGAAGCCCUGUACUCGGAGAUCAGAGUCAUGCUCCUGGAUGUCCGUGGAUACUAUGCGGAACUCUAUGACAUCAUCAGCAAAAAUCUGGACAAAGUGACCAAUCCCAAAGGAGAGGAGAAGCCUUCCAUGUAUUAAGGAGGCAUGG